AUGGAAAAUGUAAAUGAUAGGCGUGAUAUUUACCUUAAAACCCAUUGGGCCAGUAAGAGAAAUUCCCCGGAAGCAAACAACCUAAUUGCUAGGCCAAAUUUUAAGUCUUGCUCCAUAUUGUUACAACACUUUGUGGCUAUACAUAUGGGUAGAACUAAAAUAUGUUACAGCAAACCAUUGUACUGUGCUGGAAUUAUCAAAACAAAAAACAUUGAACAUUUAGAUACAUCCAAUUACGAGACUGAUAAUAAAUUUAACCUGCCAGUAAGCAAACCAAUGCUGGGGAAUUUCAAAGAUGAAUAUUCAAAUCAAGUUAUCAGUCUAUUUUGA